UCUUCAAGUAGUAGCAUACUAACCGUUACAGUAUCAACCAACGGCUCGCACAUGCAUAUUCAUUCAAAACAGUUUCAACUUAUUCAGUUGUAUGCACGUCCUUUGCCCGUCCUUACAACAGUGUCACAAGAAACUGUUCGCGUCUAGUUGCUAAACUUGUGAGUGAAAAUCAAACGGAAGGUAAACCAGGGGGUAUAGGGCAGCUGUCCAACAAUUUACUGGUAACUUUUGCUAGAGAGUUAGCCGGUACGAAAAUCCAAACGAGCAAAACAAUGUUUCGUAUACAGGUGUACCUGGUGUGCUUAACGGUGGGCAGUGUCAUCAGUGAUUUACCACCAGGAACAAGGCACAAUACUUAUUUACCACCGGAUCCAACGAAGGGUUACGACUACAACACGCCAUCAGUACCAUUUUCACCACGGCCAACGCCACCAUUUCCCCCGACCAGAGGUACAUUUCCCACUGGCCCAUCCAGACCACCGCCAACCUUUCCAACGGGCCCAGCAAGACCAACCCCGCCAACUGGUAGACCGGGUUACCCAAGCCCCGGCACCCGUCCAACGCCGGUCUUUCCAACGCCAUCCCAACGGCCCACGGGAUACCCAGGCCCCGGUAUUCGACCAACACCAGGUUUUCCGGAUUACACAGGCCAACCGUCCGGCAAUAAUGGAAACACUGUGUCACCUGGACAUGAUCAUCAUCAUGAGCCUGGCAUGCCAUUUGAUUUCAAUUAUGCAGUGAAAGAGGACGCCUUUGGUAAUGACUACUCACAUAAUGCUAUUAGUGAUGGGGAUGUGACGAGAGGAGAAUACCGGGUUCAACUUCCGGACGGACGCACGCAAAUCGUUCGUUAUACGGCAGAUUGGAAGCAUGGAUUUAGCGCCCAGGUUACUUACGAGGGAACCCCACGUCUGGAUCUUCAACGACCAUCGGGCAACUUCAAUAGAGGCUAUUAAACUCCAUCGUCCCAAUUCAAUUCUCCCUAUCCCCAUUCCUUUUCUCCUUGUUUUAAGGCAGUACCAAUAUUUCUUUCUCUUAUUUCGAAUACUACUACUAUUAUUUCAAUUUUCAUUAAAAAACGUGGAGAUAUAUUGAAGAUUGAAUUUGUGGAAAGGAAAAUUGAGUGGGUGAUCGAGAAUGGAAAAUUUAUUAAACAAAGGACAUGAACUCCCAGAACUCGGCCUUAUUACUUAUUCCUGGGGAUGUUAUGCAGCGAAACGAUCGAAUAAAUGUGGAUAAAACUGAGGUUAACGUUGUGACCGAUUUUUCAAAUGCCGAGGAUUUCGCGUUAACUCAUUCAAACAAGAUAAAACCAAACAUGAGUGCUGUUAAAUCCAUUCCAAGGGCUUUAAAUGCCAAUCGCAAUUGCCAAUUUCUCGUGACAACGUGACGUGAAUUUAAUACAAUAGUAACUUUAACACGAUGAUUUCAAACUUCAAUUUGGAACACUGUAGUCAAAUAAAAAAAAAUGAUAUAAAUUGUGCCGCUGCAACAAAUUCGUGGUGAUUAAUCUGCGUCACGAUUCUCAUAUUUCUCUUAUUACUCAUCGGCUUUUUUUCAUUGUACCAGACGUUAAAAUUAUGAGAUCACGAUUACACCUGGAUUUUAACGAAAAAUAUUGUGGGAACGAUUUAUAUCGGCCUUUUCCGCUCUUCGAUAUGAAUUUACGCCGAUACUGGGAUGACCUAUAAAAUCACACCCGAACGCAUACUUCAAUUUAUUAAUGUCCUGAGAAUUAUAUCUCCAGCAUAUUUUGAUAUUAAUAAUUUUUUAUUCUCUCUCUCUCUCUCUCUCUCUCUCUCUCUCUCUCUCUCUCUCUCUCUCUCCGCCCAUUAGCUGUAUACACCCGACGGAAUUGGCCAACCUCGAGAUCGACCUUUGGGUGAACGACAAAACAACAAGUAGGCAACAGUUAUCGCAUUCUGUGCCUGCAAAACGACUCAAUCCCUCCCUUCAUCGAAAACAAUGAGCUACCUUGAACAUUAUUGGCCGUGUGUUGUCGCAACUGUGGCGAGGGCGCGCACGGCAAAGAUGUUAACUCGAGGAGAAAAGACAAACCACAAAGUGAUGGAGAAUCAUUCUAAAGAAAGAAACGAUAAAGUGAGUAGAGACAGAACGAUAGGCCAAAGUGUUGGCCGACACGUGAACUAAUCUACCUGGAGAACUUUACUUUCACUGCUCCGUGGGAAGAUCGAAUCCUCAUUUCAUAAAAAAAAAAAUUCAUUCCGCCAUUCCGUUCUCAUCAAUCUUACGAUACAUGCCUUCUGAAUUUAUGCGUCACACCCCAUUCCCAUCCCUUAUUUUCCACUGAUUAAAAAACACAUCUAUAUAUAUAUAUAUAAAUUUUCAUAUCUAGGUUAUUUAAUUGUACUUACUCAAGCAUGCCUAGAUGGAAUUUAAUGAACAAUAAAAAGCAA